AUGUCGCAAACAACCGCUCUUGCAUCCGAGGGCAAGUUUGCGUAUGGCAAUGGCGUCUUCUUCGCGGAAGCAUCCAACCGCAGUCAACACCGUCGAGCCAGUAAAGAGGAAUUGGUCGCACAUUUUGCGUCUGGAAGCGACAAAGACCACACCGCGCAUUGGUUCGAGGCGCAACUCAUCCAUCAUGGGCUCCAGCCUUCCAAGGUGAAGUCUGUAGCGCGCAUGCGGCUUUUUGAUGCCGUCCGACAAGGGACUUUGUCUGUGCCUCCGCCCAUCAAAGAUUUGGAGAAGAAGCUGAAGAAAGAGUGGACGAAGCGCGAGAGGGAAGAUAGGAAGAAAGCAACAAAGGGGCUUGAAGCCGUAGCUGCAUCGCAGGCUGGGCCCUCGCGAAAGGCUACGACUGGGAAGAGGAAAGCUGAUGUUACCGUCAACGUAACGAUCAAUACAAACUUGCCAGCUCCUACUCCAGCCAAGAAAGCCAAAACAUCUAAAUCAUCGGAGAAGGGCUCUGCUCCAGCACGCCAAUAUGCAACAAAGCAAACUGCUCGCCGUGGCAGCACUUCACGAGCAUCGAGCCGCCCAGAACCCGCCUCACGCACUGCACCAGCUCCCGUCCCCCGAGUGAGACAAACUGCGAGACGCAGUCGUCCAUUCACUCCGCGGGGACGUAUCCAGUCCUCGUACCAAGGCGGUGGAUAUAGCGAUUAUACGGACCCCUUCGACGAGCCACCUCCGCCAUAUGAAGAUAGCUACGAAGAUGAAGAUAGCCAAGAAGAGAGACAUCGCCCCGUCCAAAGAGCAAGCCUCACACCUCUUGGUCUUCUGAAUGGCCGCUACGAUAUCAGUUCCCGUUCCGUUGAUGAGGAGUGGCCCCAGUAUGCAUCAGGACUCGAUCUUGUGCUUACUAUAGCUGGUUCUAGCCUAUGGGGGAAAUUUGACCUAGGUAUCAUCGAAGGGGUGCUGUAUUUUGAAGAACGACCUCGCAAAUCGUCGCUGGAUGCAGUGCAGUUUUCUUGGCGUGGUCGUGAGGCCGAAGGGCCCAUUUCUUACGAUGAUAGAAGGAACAGGGGCUGGAUCAAAUUUCUUGGCGGCGGUCACAUCGAAGGAUGGAUUGACCAUCUAGAUAUCUACUUUGAAGGUGAUCGAAUGGCGGGCCAAGGGACUCGAAGCGAGGUUGAGGCGAGGAGCAUGCAGAAUGAGUGGAAUGGAUACACGGAAGACGAAUAUGAGCAAGAGAGUCGAGCGCGCUGGGGAUAA